AUGUUUUAUUGUACAGAACCCAUACCAGAUUGUAGUAACCCUCAAUUCUUAUCUGCAAACUAUAAUGCAUCAGUCGCAAAAUGCAUGUUUGAUUAUCAUCAAAUCGUAGGAGGAAGAAUUUAUCUGUCUGUGGGGAUUCUGAAUGCAUUCUGUAUUUUUCUUACUACUCUUUUAUUUGUUUAUUGUGCCAAACAUACACCUAAAGACCUUUCCUUAAAGAAAGCAUGUUUACGACACAAACUACAACAACGUUCUGUACUUGCUACUAUCAUGGGUGCCAUUGGACACCUUAUCUUUAGUACCACUAUUCUUUUUGCAGAAGCGUUUAAUUACACCAUAGGCUGUCAGUUGGUUUUAUGGGGUGUCUUGAUUGGAUUUUACACUUGGAUGUUUGCAUUUUGUAUACGAGCAUUUCGGCUACGAUUUCUAUUUGAACUCAAUCAAAUGCGAGUCAAGUGUGCUAAAAGAGACAAGGUGGACAAGACAGAGUAUCAAUACUACAUGAACCGUCAACGAAAUCGAGGAUUUAUGCUGGCAUUACCCUAUGUGAUUUACAGUGGCACGCUCUGUAUUAUCUUUAUUGUUGCGAUACCAUCAGAUAUGGUGGCUAUCACCAAAGACGAUUGCAGAAUUCAAUGGGGUAUUGGUUUAUUGAUUGGGUUCUUUGCUAUCUUUAUUUGCAUCUUAUCCCCCUUUUUACUAUGGUACCUGAGACAUACUGCAGAUACGCAUGGGAUUCGAACAGAAAUAUGGGUCCAUGCCAUUAUUGCCAUACCGUUCUUUAUACUCUUGGUCGUAUGGUUUGGGUUUGAUCGAGCCUCGAGGCCAAUUGAGUUGUAUGCCAGCAAGACCUAUAGUCCUGGUGAUUGGGCUGUGUAUUUCACUGUGGUUGCUCACUUUAUCUCCGUUGUACUGCCUGUGAUGCAGUUCUUUUUGGCAGACAACAAGUAUUGGAACAAGACAGUCCAUCAGGUUCGACACCUAUUCCGACCUAGAGAAAAAAGACAGACAUGCUUAGAAGACCAAGGCUCUCCUUUUAUACCAGAACUAUCGAUUGCAUCGCUUGAACACGCCAUGGCCCACCCCGAAAUACUGCACCAACUUCAAGACUUGGCUAUUCGAGACUUUAGUUCAGAAAACGUCUUGUUUUAUGAAACCUAUCUACAGUUACUCAGGAAAUGUCGAGAAUCGAUCACUGAACGUCAUUCGGCUAUCCAUUGGGUCAAACGUAUGUCGAGUUCAUCCAUGAUCCAUCCCGCAUGGAUGAAUUCAGACGAGUUUUUAUCCGCUCCUAUACCGAUCAAACUGUAUCCGGAUUGUGUGGCCUUGUAUGAAUCGUUUAUUCGAGAAGAUUCACCGGCACAGGUCAAUAUCUCUUACAGAGCACGGCAUAUGAUUGAUCAAGUCUUUUUGAGUCUAUAUAAACAGCAGCCUGAAUUGGAUCCAAAUGCUGGUACGACCAUACGAAAAACAUUCAGUGGUAGUAGUAGCUCCCAUCCUUCAGAAAAAGAACAGAUAGAACAAGUGCUCGUACUUAAUCUGAAUGUAUUUCAUGCUGCACAAGUAGAAGUAUGCUGGAACAUAUUUAAUAGCGUGUACCCUAAAUUUGUUGAGAUGUACAAUAUGCAAAAGUAG